CCCAUUAAUCCUCCAUUAAUCUGUGGGCAUUAUCCAUCACUUUCCAUGAUCACUUUCCACCUGUGCUUUCCACUUUCCUGGUCUUCAACGGAAUAAAUAAAAAAAGUAAACUAUUAAAAACAAGGGCCAUAGGGCAUAGGUCUGGCAUAGGCAACAAAAACUAUUUCUGCAGUGCAAGAGCAUCAUUUUUUAAGUCAUAUUUAAGUUUUUAUGUUAUUUUUACAGUGCUUUGAACAGAUUAUCAAUUUUUAAUGGUUUUGAUAUCUCUAUAAUCAAUUAUAGGUUCCGAUUUAUGAACCAUGGCCGAUGAUAUACUUCUCGAUUUGUUACAUUCCGAAAUUGUUCAAUAUGUAGUGGGAAACAAUGAUAACAUGAAGGAUGAAGAUUUGUCUACUCUUGAAUACAUUGGAUUUUCUACUGGAUAUAGAAUUAUUGAAAGGUUGACUAAAGAAAUGCCUCGUUUCAAAGAUGAAUUAGACACAAUGAAAUUUAUAUGUACUGACUUCUGGUCGGCCGUGUAUAAGAAACAAAUAGAUAAUUUAAGGACCAACCACCAAGGCGUUUAUGUUUUGCAAGAUAAUGUAUUUAGAUUUCUGAGCCGACUCUCCAAUGGAAAACAGUAUUUAGAAGUGGCUCCAAGAUAUGUUACUUUUACAUGUGGUGUAAUUAGAGGCAGCUUGGCAAAUCUGAAUAUUCAGUGUUUGGUCACCGCUGAGGUACAAAGUUUGCCUUCCUGUAAAUUUCAUAUACAAGUGCAAAGGACAUAAUUUGUAUGUAUUAUUAUUUUUAUGAUUGUUUUAUUAUAUAUAUGUUUAUAAAUGUUUAAUGAAAAAUAUAUAAGUAAAUUAAACACUUUAACUA